UAGCGAUUGCAGCCUAUAUAAACAUGUGCUUGCAUGGGGCCUGAAUUUAUAUGGAAUAAUAACUCUUGUUUUAAAAUGUUAUGGAAUAUUGGAGGUUGAAAAGAACUGUUUUUAAAGCUUUAAUUGUAAUAAGCUUUAAAAUUCGCGAACAAUGGAAACGUAUUUUCUUUUUCAAAUGACUUUUGUUAUUUUAAUUAGUGUUAGUGAUUUUCUAAGUUACUCAGUGCAAGCCACGAAAUACAGGAGACAACAAAAUAUGCCGCAAACUGUAGACAGUCUGCGAGUUCAGAUUCAGAAUGUCGAACGUACUUUAUUAGAAUGCAGACGACAUAUUGAGCUUUUAACAGGACAAACGCAAAACAAAGCGACCAACACCCAAUCUGGAUACGGAAACUGGGGAUGGAUGGGUUUCAUUAACGAUCGACGAAAACGUUCACUCAGAGCUCGACGCUAUUACUACAAUUACUACAACUACAAUUACUGGAACAACUAUCAGAACCAAUUGCAGAAUACAUUGAACACGCGGACACAAGAGUACAACCAAUGCACGACCCGCCUGCAAUCCAUCCGCGCACAGCAGGAAGAGCUGAAAAAUAAACAGCAGUUGGCAGCUAGCCUGCUGAAAGAGAUUGAGGCUGACACGACAGAGCUGAAGAGGUGCGUGGCUCUGGGUGGCAGGACGAACGUGGACAUACCAACCAUAGACAGGUACAUUGCUGGCGGAGGAAUCGUUCAGCAGGCGGUCCAGCAAACUGCUGCCCCAAGAACGCAAGCACCAGCCCGAGCCCCCAUUUGGUGGUGGUACUAUGAUGAUAGGCGCAGAUCAGUUGUGCCAUCAAAUUUUGACUGGUCUCAAAUUCUGGCUCAGAGACAACAAUGGAAAUCUUUUGUAAGGGAGGCAGUUGUCGGCUGCUGGACAAGUAUUGGACGUUUGCCUGACGGGAGCCUUCCCAGCACUACCACUGUCAAAACCACAACAACUACGUCAGCACCGCCAAUUGUCCCACCACCACCGCCACCCCCUCCUCCUCCACCACCCCCUCCUAAAACAACCACAAAGGCGACCACCACGGCCACCACACCGCCCCCCACCACAACUACCACCACAACUACAACCACAACGACCACACCGCCCCCCACCACAACUACAACCACAACUACCACCACACCGCCCCCCACCACAACUACCACGGCUAGACCGACCACCACCAUUAGCUACAACACCACAACGGUAGUAUACACGACUUUCACCACAGGGCCAGGAUUGACCACGACGUCUGCGCCAUUGUACGUCAGCACCCCGUGCUAGCCCCCCCCCCCCCCCCCCCCCCGUAUCAUGAUGGGAACAGAUGGUACAAAGGCAGCGCCUUGCGGUAGUCACUAAGCGCUGGCGGAGAAGAGAAAAACAAACAACCUGUGCGUGUAUGGGGAGGGUUGGAGUUUGCGCGUGUCUGUGUGUGUGGAGGGGUGUCCUUCAUUAUUUAUCUAUAAAGCGUUUUUGUUGAUGUGUCAAUCAGUUGGUUUAAUUAAUAAAGUAUUUCCAUAACACCAAAUA